AUUGAAUGCAGAAACAAACUCACAUACACAACUAGCCUACUUACACCACAGUUUCGUUUUAACAUGGACUCUGAUAUUGAUAAACAAGGUAUAGUCAUAAAAGAAAUGGGAGCACACCUCUGACACAUGAAACGUGGCGUCACGGUGAUAGAAUUUCUGCUGCUAAUUUUUCAAGUUGUUUGGACAGGGAUUACUGAAAAAAAAUAAGAGGACACCAUGACUGCCAUUCCCUCUUUUGAUUUUUUUACGUUAUGUAUGCAUGCAAUGGUGUGUUCUUCGUUACAAAAAAGAGCGUUGAUAAACAUUUAUUAAACAACUAAAUACCCACUUUCUAAGAUGAUUCGCAAGGCUUCUGCCUCAGGUUCAAGGGUUAUAUCUAUAUUAAGACAUGUUUCAUUUUUAGAAAUACUGACAACCUUUUAUCUCCGUCUCUAGUUUUUUUUUCAAUUCCACUAUUUCCUUUUUUUAACAGAUGCCACACUGUUUUGCAAUCGGCUUUUCAAUUGCAGUUAUUCUGGGUAACUCCAUCAAGCUCAGAGCUGCCAUUACUGAACCGGCUCCUGCUGACUCUGAUAGUCAUGGGUCUCAGGUGUGUCCAAUGUGCUGCCAGGGUCCUGCUGGGACACCCGGCAUUCCGGGCUUACCAGGAAAUCAGGGUCAGUAUGGACUGGCAGGGGCAAAGGGCGAUGUUGGGGUCAAGGGUGAGAAGGGUGAGAUUGGUGCAAUUGGCGCUGUUGGGAACCCUGGCCCUAAAGGGGACGACGGAAUGGGCCUGCCCGGUAAGGUAGGUCCCAGAGGUCCGCCUGGUUUAGUUGGAGCCAUCGGGGAAGCGGGGGUGAAAGGUUCAAAGGGCGAGCCGGGGGAGACUCCAGAUGACUCCUCCCACAGGGUAGCAUUCACAGUUACGCGGAGAAGCCUCUCAGAUACCUCUACGAGUCAUGACACCCGUUUCCCCUUCGAGCAGGCCGAGACGCUUCUGCCGGGUACCAGCUUUGAUCUUGAAACGGGUACAUUUUCAUGUAAUGUGCCGGGCACCUACGUGUUCAUGUUCUCCGUAUGCAAAUAUGCCUCCAGCAGUCUCUACGUUCAUCUUAUGAAAAACGACGAUCCGGUUGUCUCUGGGCGUAGCACUGAUUCCAUUUCCUAUGAACAGGUGUCUGGGAGCGCAGUGCUGGUUCUGCAGCGAGGAGACUCAGUGUAUUUGACCAUGCGUGGUGAGGCGCUCAGUUAUUCAUCCCAUCACUACACCUCAUUCAGUGGUUUUCUAAUUUACGCCCAAUGAACAAGAGAAAGCAUGAACUAAAUACACACGAUUGCGUGUCGUACUUUUUUGGAGAGCAAAUGUUUAGUACAGAGACUGCAGUCUCUGCAGAUUUUUGAAAGGCGUUACCUUCAUAACGAAAUUUAUCAGCCGAUUUUUAUCAAAGCAGUUACCCACUGCUUCGUACUUUGUGCCUGAAAUUUCAUUUUGUCCCCUCGCAACCUGUUUGAGUUUUGUUUAGCGUUGUAUUAACUGAAAGCAACAUGAAAAAAAUCAUCUAAAUUAACGUGAAAAUCAAUCGAAAAUGUAUCAACGAGUAAAUGAUGUCGCCAUCAUGACAAAAUGUCAUAAUAGUGAACAAUAGUAGUUCUGAGCUAAUUCAUGUCGAUCAGAGCUUGUUUAUUGUAUAUCAACAAUCGUACUUUUGAUGACGUCAUCAUGAGGUUAUUUUUCCUUACAACAAACACGGAUAAUUUUACUGUUCCGGUCAUUUUGCAAUUUAGACCAAAUAGGCGUCUCGGAGAUUUGUCGCAAACAAUGCUAAAUGGAAACUGUUACGUUACUGUAAAUUCAUUGCCGUCAUAAAAGUAAAAGAAAAAGAAAAAAAGGAAAACCUUAGUUGUGUCCCGCCAUUCAGCAGGUCAACCACACGAACAGUGCGUGUACGUAUUUUUUGCAUUCGCGGUGACCUGUCCUGACGUGACCUGACCUGACUUGCAAGUGCACAACCAAUGCACACUUUCACACCGGAGUUUUUUCUUGUUCUUUCUUGUGAUAAGACACUAUCUGGGCGCAGGCCGGGUACGGUCAUGAAUAAUGCAACACACGACGUAAAUAUGAAUAAAACAACGUGUGAUGUAGUUUGAACCACACUGCGUUCUUGAUAGUCUUGGGCCAAGACGGCAGAACACGAUAGCGGACUCGAUCGAGCAUAAUGCCGUGCGCGCCGAUUUCAUUGCGCCCUCUCCUGACUUCGUUUCACCAAUCGACUGCUCGUUCUAGCGUCUUAGGAAUCUCCUACAACUCGAGGCAUGGCGUUUGUAUGCAAAGUAGUAGUUUAAUAUAAAUAGUAACAAUUGACCCUAAGAUGCAAAAUACGAUACAAAACAGACUGUGGGAGCGUUGGAGAGGGUUAGCAUCAAUAGUGUCAGCUUGUUAUUUCUUCAGUUUUGAUGUAGGAAGUCUUUUACAGGCUCACUUCCUCGUUCCUUGUUCCAAUGCAUCGACUUUGGCCAUUAUCGGUGACAGUACCGCUAUUUUAGUAGUACAUUCAGCGUGGCGUAGCAGCGCUUGAAUAUGCCGCGUGGUAGUUUAUGAAGUGAUGCAGGUCAUUGAUCCAUAUUAAUUACAUACAGACUCAGCUGGAAAUUCCCAGGCGCUGAUUGGUUCCUUCGGAAAUCCGGAGGGAAUGUAGAGAAAAGGUUAAACCGUUUGUAGGAGAUUCCCAAGACGGUAGAGCAAGCAGUUGAUUGGUGAAAUGAAGCCACGAGAGGGCGGAAUAUAAAUCGGCACGUGGCCUAAUUUAUGCUUGAUCGAGUCAGCUAUCGAGUUCAGACGUCUUGGCCCAAGACUACAAUCUUGCUUGUACGGCUUGCCCAUCAUCAGAGUUACAAUACAUGCACUAUUUAACAAAAUACAUUAUGAAUUUCGGAAGUUUUAAAAUGACGUAAUCUAGAAGUAGUAGUUGCCAGAAUUUUGUGAUUAAUUAUUUCAUAUAAUCGUCAGGUCCAUAAUUUGUUAAUUCGAUUUUCAUGGGAUGGGUAUCAACAUUUUCUUAUGUCAUCCAAUCAGACGAUGUGUUACAAUUAGAGCAUGGUUACAUCUUCUCUGAAAAAGACGAGAGGACAGAUAAGAAUACUUUUCUUGAAUGCCCUGAAAGUGAAAUUUAGUGGUGGUAUUUCGAAAUGGGAAUCAACAUUUGAGGCAAGUGACACUUCGACCAAAAGCUUUCUUAUGAGGAGAGCGAUUGUAUAUGAAAUUAAUAGGAAAAACCUAAACGAAGUUUCUAUAGACUAGCAUUCAGUACUUCUGUGCGUGUCAUGUUUUGUUAUAUGUAAUGUCCAUAAUGAAUUAUAGCUACAGAAUGAGAUAUACUUUUGUGAGUGUGUGAAGAAUUUUUCUUGCCAGUUUUAUAGAUACAAGUUAUAGUUUGUAAAGGGUGCCUCUUACAGGAUAAUAAACUAGCUUUUGUUAUAGAAAUGUUUCAAAAGUCAGAUGAUGAAUUGCAGGUUUUUUGUACAAUUUAGUUUGUUAUUUUUUGUCUUCGAUUUUCAAAUUGAAGCGCCAAAUUGAAUAGUGUCAAACGCAGUCAAUAAAUUCUCAGUAAUGUCUUUUA